AUGUUUUUCACGGGCCCGCGGAUUCUUUUCUUGCGCGGGAGCGUCGUCUCGCACGCCGCCGACGUGCGCGCGCAGUUGGCGCAGGCGCCCGACCCGGGGCGAACGCACGCGAUCUUGCGCACUUUGCACCGGUCGCACGAAAAGGCCGCCUUCUUGCGUUUUUCGGGCGGAACCAACCGCCGUUUGCGCGUGCGGAGCGCAGGGAUUUCUGUGUCCAUGGAACGGAGGCAGGGUCAGGCAAAAAGGGCAGGGGCAAACACGAUCAGGCGAAAAGGGCAGGGGCGGAAACGAACAGGCGAAAAGGGCAGGGGCGCAAACGAACAGCAAACAGGGCAGGCGAGGCGGACAGGCAAGACAGGCAGGCCAGGCAAGGUAGACAAGCGAGUGGAAGUGGGUGCUCAGACGGCCCGGUUACAAGGUGCAAAGAUGACUUUGGGGCGCGCCCUUGCACUACCUCCCGGCGAAAACAGAAACGGGAGGACAAGAAAAAAAAGACAAGAAAAGGACAGGAAAGCCAAGCUUUGGAAAAUCCACACAUGUCAAAUUUCAAAUCCCGGAAAAUUGGGACAUGGAAUCGUGUCACGAAGCCCUCCAUCAUGUAGCUGCUUUCGCUUGUAG